AUGAAGCCAACACCAGCAGCCCGCGAUGCCCGGACCAUGCCCCAAGACUCAACAUUGACAGACGUCAGUGUCGACGAGCACGGCGAGAUUUGCUACUACGGCCCAACCUCUGCCGUCCACGACCCGCCGCAACUAGACUCGCCACUGUCGCUGGCCACAUCGGCUACAAAUGCGAGCGUGACUUCCAAGGCCGACGCGCGAUCUGCCGUGGCCGCGUUUGCCAGGGAAUCUGCAACUUGGGAGGACUUCGCUUUGGGAAAUGCUUCGCUGGAGACCGGCAUCCCUCGUUCGGUGCUGGCAAAACUACUCCAUGUACACUGGGCCUGGGUCUCUCCCAUGUUUACUUGGGUAUACCGGCCGGCAUUUGUGAGAGAUAUGGCCACUGGAGGGCGUUAUUAUUCCGAGUUCCUCCUUACCGUCAUCUGCUCACACGCUGCUAAAUAUCAGGAUAGCGAAUACGCCGACAUGCUGCUUGCCCGGGCUCGUCGCCUCCUGGGCAACGCAAUUCAGGAGCCGAGCUCGAUUCCCACUGUGCAGGCCCUCCUGCAGCUAAGUGCCAGAGACCUUGCACAAGGAUCCAUUUCCAGAGCGUGGGUGUAUAGCGGCAUCGCCUUUCGCAUGGCAAGCGACUUGGGGCUUCAACAUAGCGGGCCGGACCUCAGAGGCAUGGGAGCAAUUGAUCUCGAGGUUCGGCGCAGGCUCUUCUGGAGUUGUUAUUUUUGGGACAAAGCUACCAGUUUGUAUGCCGGUCGGUUGCCUGCUGUCACUGAAGUGCUCCAUCCAGACACCCUCGACCUCCUGGAUGAUUCGACCGAUCUAGAUAUAUGGUCGCCAUAUUAUGGGAACUCUCUCAAUCUCACUAAGUUUACACAGAACCAGUACCCGCCCAUGCGUAACUAUGCCGUAUCGACUUUCGUCAACUCGUGUAAGCUUUCCAUGAUUAUCCACGACAUCAUAGUUCAGCUUUACUAUCGCCGCAAUCGAACCAAUACCGAAGAAACGAUUAAGGAUAUCAAGUCACGUCUCGAUUCAUGGCGAGAAAAUUCGCCACGCCACCUCAAGUACGACCCCGAUAAUCUUCCAACCAUCUGUCCACCACCACAUAUUAUAUCCCAAAACCUUCUCUACUUUACGACUAUCAUAUUAACUCACCGACCAUUUUGGUCUAUCCCAUCCUACUACAAGGUUUGCAUCAGUGCAUCACAAAGUAUUGAAGCGCUUGUACUCUUACUCGAGUCAACGUUUGGGCUAGAGAACAUCACCUACCUGAUGGGCUACUGCAUCUACACUGGCGCAUCCGCCAUUUUGGAAGAUGCCAAACGCAAUAAAGGACCUGCGAGCCAAACGCUGAAAACAUAUCUCCGUGCGCUCAACGCGGGAAUGAAAACCUGCCCGCUCUUGGAACGCAGCCUGCAAAUUAUCGUCAAGGGACUAAAUCGAUAUCCAUCUGGCAGUAGUUUGAGCCUCUCAGGCCAUCCCGAGUCCCAAGGCGUAGCAGAGGUGGACUUCCAUAUCAACACCACUACCGCGAAUAGCUACAUUCCCGCGUUUCCCUACCUUGGGCCGGACAUGUCUAUGGACUUUUGCGGGAGUUCAUAUCUAGGCAACCAGAAUCCAGACUCCAUGUCGAUGCUGGAUUGCUUUCCCGAGAUGCAGACGGACUUUGGUGAGCUGUUAUACACACAUGUAGACUAA